AUGGCAGAGCGAGCCGCCUGUACCUACUACCUAAAUAUGAACAAGUCGCGCGUCCGCAAACUACCUGCCGGUGCACCAGCAACGGUAGCAACAACCGCCAGGUUUGCAGUACCCGUAGCCGCAGUCAAUGCGGCCGCUAAGCCAACCGGCAAUGUGACCGCCAAGUCAUCCGGCAACGCCGCCGCCCAGCCAGCAGGCAACUCCUCCGCCAAGGCACUCCGCUCAGGCCCUAGAGUGGAAAAAUCGGCAGCAAUCCUGAGGUGGUUGACUACGCGAAAGCGCCGCGUAAAAGUACCCGCCGCUUUACCAACUGCCAAAAAGGGCCUAGAUGAGUGGAUCAUGGGCUAUACGACCGAGCUCACCAAGCCCAUCACGGCGGUUCCGCAUCCAAUCAAUUUCCUUCAACAAAUGACUAUGGAUUUACUGCUGAGCUUCGUCCACGCAAUCAACAGCGAGGUGCAGUUUGCUGUCAUCCUCAAGUUUACCGCAUAUCGCAACCUCUUAGCCAAGAUCCGCGGACUCUGCACAGGACGGGCAGAUGUGGCUGGCGUCCAGGAAGAAAAGACCAUGUGGAUAACUACAAACUCGAUAAGAAAGUGGGCUCUCUUGGAACAGCAUGACAAGAAGCUGGUCUGCGCAAAGUCGUUCAGUCAGUGUAAAUCAACGAGUGAGGAGCACUCAACGCCAUCUGCGUGCUCCUUUCCAAACUCGCGCCUGCCAACACAGAAACUACCGUGGUAA